UUAACAUAUUCCAGUUAUUACUAAUAAUGUUGAUGUUUGUGGAAUUACUAUCUGCACCUGCUGAUGACACAGCAGAAGAUAAUACCAUUAAGGUUUGUUCCUUACCUGAUAAUGUGAUCAACGAAAUUAAUUCCUAUGAAGAAACAGUCAACAGAAUUGUAAACACAGCAACGAGUGGACAAUUUAAAGAUUUUACUUGGAAUGAACUAAGGAAAUUUGUAGAUAAAUUCGGAAGCAGGUUUGAGGGAACACAAAAUCUGGAAAAUUCGAUCGACUACAUGCUUCAAAACUUAAGAAAUCAUAGUUUGGAGAACGUUCAUGGAGAACCUGCUAUGGUUCCCCACUGGGUUAGAGGAUCUGAAUCAGCGUCUCUGAUUUUGCCACGUGAGAAAGAUAUUGCACUCUUAGGCCUAGGAUUUAGUGUUGGAACUCCUGAAGAUGGAAUUACUGCGGAAGCUAUUGUUGUGAAAAGUUUUGAUGAAUUGAAACAAAGAGCAGAAGAGAUUCCCGGAAAGAUUGUUGUUUUCAAUCAGGAAUUUGAAUCUUAUAGAAAAACUGUGACAUACAGAAGUGGAGGUGCUAGAGAAGCUGCAAAAUUAGGGGCAGUUGCUGCCCUGAUUCGUUCAAUAACACCUGUUUCAUUAUAUACUCCUCACACAGGUUAUAUGUUUUAUGCAGAAAAUGUUAAAAAAAUCCCAGCAGCUUGUAUAACUGUCGAGGAUGCUGAGCUUUUAUACAGAUUACAACAAGAAGGCGAAGAACUGAAAAUAAAUCUGAAAAUGGAAGCUCAACUGCUUCCUGAAGUUGAAUCGCGAAAUGUUGUAGCUGAAUUAGCUGGUGACAAACAAUCUGAAAAAAUAGUCAUCGUUUCUGGUCAUAUUGAUAGUUGGGAUGUUGGUCAAGGAGCUAUGGAUGAUGGUGGAGGAGCUUUUAUUUCCUGGAGUUCUAUAGUUCUUCUGAAACAAUUAGAUCUGCGACCUAAAAGAACGAUAAGAGCAAUAUUGUGGACUGCUGAGGAGAUGGGCGCGUUUGGAGCAAAGCAAUAUAUUAAAAGCCCUGAUGCAGAAAAAAGAAAUCUCCAGUUCGUCAUGGAAUCUGAUAUUGGAACAUUCAAGCCUCUUGGAUUGGAAGUUUCUGGAAAUGAUCAAGUUAUGUGUAUCGUUCAGAGAGUAUUAAGCUUGCUGAAGCCACUGGGAAAUUUAAAGGUAAAAAAAGGUAUCGAGGGUGAUGAUAUUGAAGACUGGCUAAAAAUGGGAGUACCAGGAGCCUCACUGUGGAAUCAAAAUGAUAAAUAUUUUUGGUACCAUCAUACAAAAGCGGACACAAUGUUAGUGCUAGACCCAUCUUCAUUAGAUUCUGGAACUGCACUUUUUGCGGCAGUUUCAUACGUAUUGGCUGACAUAAGUAUUGAUUUGCCUCAGGAGAUUCCUCAUAAAUGAACAUCAUUAAUAAUAAGAUUUAUUUUCCUGGAACAUUAAAUCAGUUUACGGAACUUUUACCUAAUUAUAAAUG